AUGGCGCCGCCUGCGCCAGCAGAAGAAACCGUGCUGCUCGUCCUAAAGUUCGCCACUACAGCGAUCGACUCGGACAAGCCUCAGGGGCGUAUAAGAUCACGCGCUGCAACGACGCCGUCCGAUCCAGCGGCCCUGCAGGCCGAGUACGGCUGCCGGUUACCGCCGGUUAUCGACAGCGAUGUGGCCUACCUGACCGAGUGCCCGCCGUCGCAGGCCGGCAAUAUGUCUACUUGCCCCAUCCACAACGGCAACACAGCUGCUUGGGUUCUCCCCUACGGCAAGUCCGUCCAGAACGUGUCCGCCGCGGUGAACAUUUUGUCGCCCAAGGCUCGAGUCACUAUCUCGAAGUCCAAUGGCAGCGUAUGUAUGAUGGAACUGGAGGCUGGAUCUGGCAAUGGCACCAUGUUUGGCGAGACCGCCUCCCGCUCCUCUACUCGACCUUUUCUUUACGCACGCUCGAAGCAUUUGCUCCCGAUGCCACGAAAGUUUGACCCGUACAACAAUGGUCGCGAUUCGUGUAAAUUCCACAAGCAUUUCGAGCCCACAGAGCGUGUGAAGUACACAGCAGGAAACCGCUGGACGAUGGAGCGACCUUUGAGAACAGACACAGCGUGGGCCCAACGUCCGUGA